AGGUUAUAGAGAGAGUAUAACACUCAUUCAAUUUACAGAAGACAUCCUUUACAACUUUGCUAGCAGAUAUUUGUAUCAAUUUUUUGUUAAUAGAAGCAUAUAAUACCUGAAGAUGAGUUCAAAUAAGAAACAAGUUAAACAAGAAGAAAAAGAGAUUACCAAGUCAGCUAAUAGUGACAAUAACUCGAGUCAAACUGUGAGUAAUGGUGGGAGUGUUGUGAAUGAAAAUAAUAACAAUACUAAAACUGCAUCACUUGUGCCAGUUCAACCAACUGCACUCAGUUCCCGUGAUAAGAAUACCAAAAGAUUGGUAGUUGUAUUAUCGCAAGCAUGUUUAGAAACCCACAAAAUGAACACUGGUGGUCCAGGUGGUGAUAAGUUUGCGUUAUUGAACUGUGAUGAUCAUCAAGGUUUGUUAAGAAAAAUGGGAAGAGAUAUUGCCGAAGCAAGACCAGAUAUUACUCACCAAUGUUUAUUAACUUUAUUAGAUUCUCCAAUUAAUAAAGCAGGGAAAUUACAAGUUUACAUUCAAACUGCAAGAGGGGUUUUAAUUGAAGUCAAUCCAAGUGUUAGAAUUCCAAGAACUUUCAAAAGAUUUUCUGGUUUAAUGGUUCAAUUAUUACAUAAAUUAAGUAUUCGUUCAGUCAAUUCUGAAGAAAAAUUAUUGAAAGUUAUCAAAAACCCAAUCACUGAUCAUUUACCUACUAAAUGUAGAAAGAUUACUUUGAGUUUUGAUGCUAAAGUUAGAAGAGUUCAAGAUUAUGUGGAAACUUUAGAUGAAGAUGAAAGUAUAUGUGUCUUUGUGGGUGCCAUGGCUAGAGGUAAAGAUAACUUUGCUGACGAAUACGUUGAUGAAAAAAUUGGUCUUUCUGAUUAUCCAUUAUCCGCAUCGGUUGCUUGUUCUAAAUUCUGCCAUGGUUGUGAAGACGUCUGGGGCAUUUAUUAAGCUUACUUUCUUCCUUAUAUAUAUAUAUUAUAUCCUUUACAUAUAACUGUAUCAUUAGACAUUUAAUUCUAUAUAUUUCUGUG